GUGAUAGACCAGCACCGAAAUUCAGAAGUCAAAGACAGACAAGCACUUCUGCCAUGUCGUACAGACGAGAACUAGAGAAAUACCGUGACCUGGAUGAAGAUGAGAUUCUUGGAGCCCUGACAGAGGAAGAGCUCAGGACACUGGAAAAUGAGCUAGAUGAGCUGGACCCUGAUAAUGCACUGCUGCCUGCAGGCCUGAGGCAGAAGGAUCAGACCACCAAGGCGCCCACGGGUCCCUUUAAAAGGGAGGAGCUCUUGGAUCACUUGGAAAAGCAAGCCAAGGAGUUUAAGGACCGAGAAGAUCUGGUCCCCUACACAGGGGAAAAGCGAGGGAAGGUCUGGGUACCCAAGCAGAAGCCAAUGGACCCCGUGCUAGAGAGCGUCACGCUGGAGCCAGAGCUGGAGGAGGCCUUGGCCAACGCCUCGGAUGCAGAACUCUGUGACAUCGCAGCCAUCCUGGGCAUGCACACGCUCAUGAGCAACCAGCAGUACUACCAGGCCCUGGGCAGCAGCUCCAUCGUGAACAAGGAGGGACUCAACAGUGUAAUCAAACCCACGCAGUACAAGCCGGUGCCUGACGAAGAGCCGAACUCCACAGACGUGGAGGAGACUCUGGAGCGGGUCAAGAGCAACGACCCGAAACUCGAGGAGGUCAACCUCAACAACAUCCGGAAUAUCCCCGUCCCCACCCUCAAGGCCUAUGCGGAGGCCCUCAAAGACAACACUCACGUGAAGAAGUUCAGCAUCGUGGGCACUCGGAGCAAUGACCCGGUGGCGUAUGCCCUCGCGGAGAUGCUCAAGGUGAACAGCGUGUUGAAGACCCUGAACGUAGAGUCCAACUUCAUUUCCGGAGCCGGCAUCCUGCGCCUGGUGGAAGCCCUCCCCCACAACACUUCCCUCGUGGAACUGAAGAUUGAUAACCAGAGCCAGCCCCUGGGCAACAAAGUGGAAAUGGAGAUUGUGAAUAUGUUGGAAAAAAACUCAACGCUUCUCAAAUUCGGCUACCACUUCACCCAGCAGGGGCCCCGACUGCGGGCAUCCAAUGCCAUGAUGAACAACAACGACCUGGUGAGGAAGAGGAGAUUGGCAGACUUGAAUGGGCCCAUCUUUCCCAAGUGCCGGAGUGGUGUCUAGUGUCUGGAGGUGGUGGCCACGCCUUUGAACUGGACAUGCUCUACUGAUGACCUGCGUUCUGCAGUGGAAACCAGAAGGCACGCUGUCGGCACAAACCCCUUCUGUGGUUCAGUUCUUUAUGCACUAAGGUUUUAGGUUAACUAGUGGUUGUAGAUGAGAAUUUUAUAAACUAUGGUUAAUGUGAAGUUUUUCUUUAGUCACAGAAGUUUAGUUUGGUUAUUAUUUAAAAACUAAGAAGCCCCCACACUGGCAGAUCUUAUUGAAGACGAUGGUACCCUAGCAGUGACUUAAUCCAGGGUGUACUUCAGUGGGCUUGCUGUGUGCUGUUUGAGAUGCAGUGCAGUCGCCCAGCCUAUGAAUCAACAGCACACUCCUCCACAUGCUUCAGCAGCAUUACAAAAUUCUUUAUUACAAAUCUGACCUUAGUCAUUGAGCUAACUGAACAGACAAUCAUUCUGAACAGAUCAAGACUCCUCCAAUCUAAAGAAACCCGAGACUAAAUUGCCGAUUGCUGGAUCGAGAAUAGUUUUGUCCCUUGAGACAAAAAGACUAACCCACAGAUUCUUGAUAGGAAUGAAACACACACACACACACACACACACACACACACACACACACACACACACACCAGAUUGUUUGCUGGAUAAGGAAAAGUUGCAGAAAUAUUCAGUGGUGAAAUUUCAUGGGUCUCCCCGAGUGGUGUUCUUUAUUUAUUUACAAUUAUAUUCUGGAGUCAGUUUUAUCAAGAGCCAUCUGUAUGAGGGGUUCAAGUACCUGCAGCCAAAUACUUGCAGUUCCGUCUGUCCUGCACAGCAGUGGGCACGAGGCCGUCAGAGGCAGUGCGCCAGAAGGGGCAUAUCUGCUCUGUCCUGCUGUGCUCAGACUCCAGCUACCAUCACCAACACCCACUAGACAAGUCACUGCUGAUCUCAGGUCUAUCCACGAGGCUUUGGCACACCCAAUGGUGAAGGAAAUCCCAGAUAGUCAAGAAUCGGGAAAUCAUUCUGGCCAAACCACCCCAAGUCCACCAUCCUGAAAGGUAAUUUUGGUAUUUCUGCCAGCCCUUUUUUAUUUUUAUUUUUUUUUUUUGGUCUUUUUUUUUCUUAACAUCAUGUGCAUCUCUGGAGAUCUAGCGAAAAUAUUAAGCCACAACGCCCUUGUGCCUUUUAAUGUACCACAGUGCCAGUUAAACUAGCCUUUUUGUUGCUUAGGGAGUUCCUUUCGUGAGCGAGUCAGCGAAUCUUACCCAGGCCGGGCCAGCGCUGCUGAGCAGCCUGAGUCGCAGGGCACUGAGCGGAGGCUUCCAAGGAGACGGGGAGUUCUGCAUACUGAACUGUAACGCCAGGGAAGGUACAGGGGAAGCAGAGGUGGUCCCGGGGCCUCACCGCUGCAGUGGGUUGGCGGGGCCCAGGCACGCCGCCACGCUGCAGGGAUGGCCAGCCCCACCGGCUUCUCUUUGAAACACGACUGCAGCUGUAUUCUGCAUCACUGGAAACGGCAAUAUCCUAUUAAACCUGUUGGUCUCUGUGUGC